ACGAGCCAAACGUAAACGUGAUUAAAGUUAGCCGUCGUGGCCGGAGGAGACCAGGUCCCGCGUGAAAAGUCAGGAGAAAAUGGCUGGCCAUGUUUUUUAGAUGGAAGAAUGAAGUAUUUUGGAACUUUUUUCUGGUCUGGAAGUGUCGAAUCCCUGUGAUUGUGUGUGUGAGUUCGAGGAGGCUUUUUUUGCAAGGCAAGACCAAUCAUUUGUCUUGAUUCCCUGGGCUGAGAGCUGGCUGACAGAGGGGGACGGAGCGAGUGAACCCCUCCAUUAAGACCUGAUCUAUUUCCCCAAACAAUUUAGUGUAUUCAUGAGGUUACGCAAAUGUGGAGGCAGCAAAAUUACCGUAAUCAAUUGAAACGGCGAGCAUGCGUCUGUCCAUGGCUCUGAUUAUUUGGAGAUCAUCUAUCAGGCUGAUGUGUAUGUAACUAGGCGAAGGGGCAUUAAAUCGCUGUUGAGUUUCACCGUCAAGUCCAUGAUCAUUGGGCAAGUGAGUUUGGACAACCAUAAUAGGGCACCAUAGUCCGGCGAGGCAAGUGUUCUCUCAACAUUAGGUAGCCGACUCAGCCAUCUGAAAGGUGCCGUUUUGAAACAAAACACCACAGUUCAGACAACUCAACGCUCAAUCCUCUCAGUAAUCGUAUUUUUACACCUGACAAAGAAAAAAAGAAGGUGAAGAAGAAAAGAAGUCCCAAAGGAUAAGUGAGUAUGGAGGUCAGAUACAAUCAAGAUACGGAUGCAGGGAUGGUGCUGAAAAACGGACUAAAGGAGGGAAAAGAUGGUAAGGAGUCCCAGGGAAGCCUGUCCAAAACGUUUCUCAAGGAGCAGCAAGAGUCUUUCUCCCCGUCUGGGCCAGUGGAAAACUGUGAGAAGAACCGGGGUAGCUCAGGAGACCCAGACUACUGUCGGAGGAUACUGGUUCGAGAUGCCAAAGGCUCCAUCCGAGAGAUCAUUCUGCCAAAGGGCCUGGAUUUGGACCGGCCAAAACGAACUCGGACCUCCUUUACAGCUGAGCAACUGUACCGGUUGGAGAUGGAGUUCCAGAGGUGCCAGUAUGUGGUCGGGAGGGAGCGAACAGAACUGGCCCGCCAGCUCAAUUUGUCUGAAACUCAGGUAAAAGUUUGGUUCCAGAACCGACGCACCAAGCAGAAGAAGGACCAGGGCAAAGAUUCAGAGCUGCGCUCCGUGGUGUCGGAGACAGCAGCAACAUGCAGUGUACUGAGACUUCUGGAGCAGGGACGCCUCCUCACUCCACCAGGGCUGCCGGGCCUCUUGCCCCACUGCGGCAGCAGCACGCUGGGCUCAGCUCUGCGCGGGCCCUCCAUGGGCAUGGUUAGCAACGGCAGCAGUAGCAGCAGUAGUGGCGGCAGCUCAGGGACGGCUGGCUGCAGCCCCCCUCUGCCUGCAGUGACCAGCUCAGGGACCGUGGCAGGCCUCCAGGGCUCCCCGCCGGCCCACGGCAUGUUCAGCUUUCCUAUGCCCUCCCUGCUGGGCAGUGUGGCCACCCGCAUCUCCUCUAACCCACUCUCCAUGGCUGGAUCCCUGGCCGGGAACCUACAGGAACUGUCGGCCCGCUACCUGAGCUCUUCAGCUUUUGAACCUUAUUCCCGGACCAAUGGCAAAGAGUCCAUGGACAAGAAAGUUUUGGAAUGAUUUAGUUUUUCUCUCAAAAUGUGGAACAUUUUUAAUUGUUUUGUUGUAUCCCUAGCUUUUCGUCAUUGUUUUUGUCUGUUCACUAUUUUGCCUUCCUUUGUCUGAUUUGUGUUGUAGAUGUCGUCCAUGUAAAUCCAAGUACACAUCUGAAACCUCACAGAAGGAGGAAAACAAAGGCAUACUGCUCAUUCUUACAAAAAUAUGAUGAUUUUUUUAAGCUUUUGCACUAGAUCCAAGUUUCCUCUGUUUUGAAUUGUAAUGCAAAAAUCUAAAAUAGUCACUUGUCUUAAGAUUACAUGAGGACUGGGUUAAUAACUUUCAUUUAGAAAGAUAUUAUCUUACAUUUCAAACAUAAUGACAAUGGACAAUUAUAGCAGAAAUAUAUAUAUAUAUAAAUCCACUUUCUUCAGAUGAUAACUUUCAAAUAGUUAAAAAUAUGAAGCUGCUCUGAGAAAAAUAAUACAAAACAAAGCAUUGAUUGGUUAGGGAUGGUGUAACAUGAUGGUGCCCUUUUGUGAAUGUUGUGUUUCAUUAUUUGGUAGUCUUGGAUGGACUUACGUCAUAAAUGUGCAUUGACAAAGAGAGUUAGCAAGCAUUACAGCUUGUGAACUAUUGAUGACAGGUGGGCUUGGGGAGCUUGAAAGUCCUUAUCAAACAUGAUUAAAUGAUGGAGUAAGUGUCAAAUUACUUAUAACUUCACUAGCAAAGACUUGAAUGACAUAUGACAUGAGGAACACAGAUCUUUAACUUGUGAACCAGAAUUGACAUAUGCAGGUGUUUUGCAAUAUUAAGCUACAAUAACAGUCUUUUUUAACGGUUAGUAUUCGUUUUUCUGUUUUGGGCAAAAACAAUCUAAAGGAAAAUGUUGUCAUACAGUUUGAUAGUUAAAUUGUUCUGUGUUAAUUGUUUUCUAAAUGGCUUUGUGAGGGUUUUCCCCUAUAUGAUUUUUAACACAGUCUAAGGUUCGUGACAUUCAUGUCUUAAAGAUGCAGUAUUCCACUUUUCGUCUGUGAUUUUAGUACCAGAGUGGUCAUUCUGAUUUUCAUGUGUAGGUAAAAGAUAGAGAACAGCUUGAGUCCCUUGCAGUUGAAAAUGUGGAGAGGGGCAGAAAGAAAAAAAAUUGAGUUUUCAACUUCAGUAAGCUGCUUGCAGAGUUGGAUAUACUAGAAAAGGAAAUUCCAGGAAUAUGAUGAAACCAGUAGAAGGUUUAGCAAACUUUAAGACAACAUGAUACCUUUUUCCUUGUAUGAAAUCUUUUAAGAUCCGCAGCCAUUGUGAAUGGCUUACAAGGAAAGCAUGAGAUGACUGCGUGGAAUUACUGUAGUAUAAAGGAAAGGCAAAUGAGAAAUGUACCUAAAAUGGUUAUUUUAUUGUAAAUUAUUCACGUCUGUAAUUAAUAGAUGAUUAGUAUAUCUGCAAAAUAAUGAAUGAUGAAUGUAAUGGAGGGGGUGAUAAAUCAAUCAAAGCUCUUUGGUGCUGUUGUUGUGAAAUAUCUUGAACUUUGUGAAAUGUGUGGUAUGAAUGUGGAUAUAUAUUAUAUAUAUGGCUGCAAACAAAGCCAAGUGUGUUUUAUUCAUUUUCUUUUGAUACAUGUUUCCAUUAUAAUGAUCCAGUUGUGAUAAACUUCGCUACUGUUA